AUGUCGACAUCCCAUCCAGCAGUAGAGUUGAUGUUUGUCAACAUUACUCGACCACAAGACAUAAAAGACAGGAAAACUCAGAGGAGAAUUAACAGUCAUGUGAUGAAACCAAUUGGCAUCACUCGGAGGCGCGCCCGUCCAGACGACAAGACAGAAAGUACCUUGAAAUCUGUCAAGUCUUUGUCGCAGGCACCAGGGGUCACAUGCAAAGGCUCAUCAGCAAGCUCCAACACUUCUAGUCCUGGCAUUAAAACCCCAGAAACAUCGUGGGCAUUCGAGUACCGACAUUCACUAAAUCUAGUCCCAUCUCUUUGCCCUUACCAAAAGCCCAGCAGAUAUCCCAUUUCCGCCCGAACGAGCAGCAUGCUGCAUUUCUUAGCCGUAGAACAGGAGGCACCAGUCUGUAAGCUCAUGCGCGAGCUUUGUUUCGCUCUUGCAUUGGCCGACGACAGCGCCAUGCACUUGGCCCUCGCUCGCCUUGAGAUAGAUCCUGAGAGGACUGGAGGAUGGGCAUCCGAAGAGAGCACCAGCAGUUUGACACAUUACAAUGCUUCCAUUGAAAUAUUGCGAAAUCAGCUUGGGGCUCAGCUUAUGGCUCACGAAGCUAUUAUUGGUGUAGUGGUGAAUCUAGCGUGCUAUGAUAUAUUCACCAAUAACUUAACACGGUGGAAGACGCAUAUGUCGGGGCUUCAAAAGAUGAUUGAGUAUCGAGGUGGCAUAAAUACCCUCAGUUCCCGAUGCCUGCAGGUAACGACGAUUUGGAUGGACUUGACAGGUUCUAUGAUCCUAGACCAACCACCUCAUAUCAAGCUAUGUCAAGCCGAUCUUGAGGACGGGAUCAUGGAUGCCGUACAAAAGAGCCACAGAGAUAUUGAAGUGCUUCUGGAGCUGCUUCUCAAACUAUCGAAUCUAGCUAUGGGACAAUCAGAGCUUGAACUGAGCCAGAAUGCAGCUCUACUGGCAGAACUUCAGGAUGCAGUAUAUACAACACUAACUUUGCCGCGAUACAACAGCCCAGAUAUUCUCCAGCACUCCUUGGCGCCUUGCAUUCUAACAUACGAGAUGUUUCGACUAGCAGUGAUUGGAUAUCUUUCAGGCCCGGUCACGUUUCUGGCGGGGAACAGGACUUCAAAUGUGGUGACUCCACAUUUCAGAGGUAGACUACCCAGGAUGUAUUGGGAGCAUGGACUUAAUUGGGCGGGUCCGGAACACGGUGAGCUGUUUAUACUAGUCAUUGGGGCCAUGACAGAAGUCGGUAAAGACAGGCAAGGAUUAAUAGUUCAACUUCAACGCCUAAUGAGAGCACAAGGCCUAAGAUGGAACGGCCUGGUCAAUAAGCUUCGCUCUAUGGCGUGGGUCGACAUAGUCUGGUCAGCUGGCUUAGAUAGACUGCACGCGGAUUUAGCACCUCUUUAA